CAUUGUUGCGCGAGACACGAGCAGUGUUGACAACGACAUCGACGACUUGCCGUAGCAGUCAGUAUCGCUACAGUCCGCCUCACAUCCACUACACGUUUGAAACCUGGAGAGCAUGGCGGACCGUCUGACGACGUUGAUGAACCACAUGAUCCACUCAAGACCAACAAAGUCUCUCCAGUUUGAACCAGCGUCCCAGACCCAGGCUUAUGGUGGAGAGGGGGGUAGGUUCAGGUAUACCCAGGACAACCCUCGACUGACGCUUAAACAGAGACAGUUCUACGAGGAGAACGGGUACCUGGUCAUCAAGAAGCUGGUGGCACAGGAGCACAUAGACAAAUACAGGAGCAGGUUUGUGCAGAUAUGCAACGGUAAGGUGAGGGUGCCUGGCAUAUCCAUCGUUCACGAUGUAAGUGUCGCCAAGUCGGACUUCAUUCCAAGCGAGCGCACCGUAACGAAGAUUCAAGACUUCCACCAGGACAGGGAGCUGUUCAGCUACUGUCAUCUUCCGAAGGUGUUGGACUACACGGAGUGUUUCACCGGCCCGGACAUCGUAGCUGUACACGCCAUGUUCAUCAACAAACUGCCGGACCCGGGAAAGGGUACGUCCCGUCAUCCAAUGCACCAAGACUUGAUCUACUUUCCUGUCCGACCAGCUGACCGGGUCGUGUGUUCCUGGACAGCCUUGCAGCCAGUGAACAGACAAAAUGGCUGCCUUGUAGUUCUGCCCGGCAGCCACAAGGGGGAGCUGCUGGAACAUGGCUACCCCGAGUGGAAGGGAGGUGUGAACGUGGCCUACUUUGGUGUUAAGAACUACGACCCUAGCAUCCCCCGGGUCCACCUCGAAAUGGAGGCGGGGGAUACUGUGUUCUUCCAUCCCCUGCUCAUCCACGGCUCCGGCACCAACAGCACCGAAGACUGUAGAAAGUCGAUAUCCUGUCACUUCGUCACGGGCGACAUGACCUACGUUGACAUUGACCCAACCGAUCCUAACUACCACGUGACCAAGAUGACACUCCAGGCAUACCUGAAUAAGACGGGGAUAGAUCGGGGCCUCAUCUCACACCAGGAUCUCUGGAGGUUCAAGGUUCGACUUGUGAGAGGCAAAGAUCACAACCGCCGGAACAUACAAGAUGACUUUCGAAAAAGAAUGGCAAGACAAUAACCCCUUCUUGUGCUUCUUCCACGAGAAUCCGCCUCGGCCGACCCUUCUUUGUGUCUCUAAUGACAUUAUUUCAUAUUCCAGCUUAUGUAUUUAUUAUAUAUAAUACGUGCCAGGAUAACAUGUUAAUAAAAAAAGCUGUAAUCAGACAUGUUACCAAUCCACAUACAGUAAACUACGGAUAUAACGAACUCAAAGGGACCCCUAAUUUUAGCUCGUUAUAACCGUAGUUCGUUAUAAGCAUAUAUACAACAUAACAACAGCAAGUAGUCGGGACAAAAGAGUAAGUUCGCUAUAUCCGUCAGUUCGUUAUAAGCGUGUUCCUUAUAAACGUAGUUUAUUCUAUAUAAUAAUUUGCCGGAUACAGUGUUUCAAUUUAUAUUUUUGUUGUUGGUGCCGUUGGUAAUAUCUUACGAUGUUGGCAUGGUGCAUUUAUAAGUUCAUAAACGCAAAAACAAAUUGAAGUCAAUUCUUAUGAAUAAAUAUGUCAACAAUU